CUUUAUGAAAAGAAUGUGCUUGAGGAAGAGAGAUGUUGUGUGAAGAAUUUGGUUUGAAUGAUGACAUAAAUCUUCAUGGCAAAGAGAAAGAGCUGGUUUGGAUGGGUGAAAAGGCUAUUCACUUCUGAGUCAAAGGACAAAAAGACAAAGAAAUGGGAGUGGAGUUUUGGAAGGAUUAAACAAAAACAAUAUCCAACAAUUACAGCUCCAAAUAGGACAUUGGUUGAAGCAAAUGCUGAGCAGAGAAAGCAUGCUUUGACUGUGGCUAUUGCAACAGCAGCUGCUGCUGAGGCUGCAGUUGCUGCUGCACAUGCUGCUGCUGAGGUUGUCAAGCUCACUGGUGCUUCUCGUUCUUACUCAUUUCUUUCCAAAGGAGAUAGAAGCUUAGCUGCCAUCAAGAUCCAAAGCGCAUACCGUGCACAUCUUGCUAGGAAAGCAUUAAGAGCAUUGAAAGGAGUUAUAAGAUUGCAAGCCAUAAUUCGCGGUCAAGCUGUGAGGCGUCAAGUGUCUGUUUCUUUGAAAAAUAUUCACUACAGUGCAAGAAAUCAGGUAGAAAUUCAGGAAGGAAGCAGCAAUGGCGUGGAUGGAAACUACAAAAAUGACCAGAUCAAGAAUUUUUCAAAGCAAAAGAAAAAGUUAGAAGAGAAGGAAAUAAGGUCUGAAUGUCAUAGUCAAAGAAAUUGGGAUUGUAGCUUGCUCUCGAGAGAGGACAUUGAAGCCAUAUGGUUAAGAAAGCAAGAGGCCAUUGUCAAAAGAGAGCGCAUGAAGCAGUACUCUUCUUCACAAAGGGAGAGAAAAAAUCCUCAAAUGGUGGAAGAAUCUCUGCACAAUAAGGACUUCGGAAGAGAGAGCUGCCGUACACUUGGAGAGUGGCUACAUAAAGAAACAUACAAUUGGGAUGUGCUUUACAAACAAACACUCCCUUCAAACUUGAUCACAAUGAAAAGAGAAUUGCAAGAAGAUGGAUUGAGUUCACAAAUUUCGAUCCCGCGGAAAUCAUUUUCUCUAGUGAAAAGAACUUCAAUUGGUGAUGAGAGUUCGAUGCCAAAUUCUCCAGUUUUUCCUACUUUCAUGGCUGUAACUGAAUCCAGCAAAGCAAAGGUGAGAUCUAUGAGCACACCAAGGCAAAGAACAGCAUUUAUGGAUAAUCAAAAUGAGCCUCACAAGGAGAGCAUUUCCUUGUGCUCUUAUUAUGGUGCUACUACUAGCACCAAUGAAAGAUGCCAAAGUGCAAAUAGCCUUUAUUAUCAUUAG